CUUUCUGUGCCGGACUUCAAGGUCCAGGUCCAGCCUUUAAUUUAGGCACCUUGAUUUGAUUUUGAUGGCAGAAAAAGAUUUAGACGAGUGUCCCUGCAAAUUGGAAAAUGAAACUUGCAAUGUAAUUCACCAAAGCUUGAAGGAGCGCCAUGAGCUUUUGCGGAAAGUUUUGAAGCCUUUGAAGGGUCGUUUGGAAAUCUUAGUACCUAAUGGUGGUCUUGGUCUAAAUAGUCACUGCCCUUCUGGGGAACCUUGUUGGUCACAUAUUGCUCAUAAUGUGGAUGAUGUUGAAAGGUUCUUCAAAGAAACCGUUGAGAAUAGAGAUGAAGGGAUUGUGUUAAAGGACCUUGGUUCCAAAUGGGAACCUAGUGAUCGGAGUGGAAAGUGGUUGAAGUUGAAGCCUGACUAUAUUCGUGCUGGUUCUGAUCUGGAUGUUCUUAUCAUAGGGGGAUACUAUGGCUCUGGUCGUCGUGGUGGUGAGGUAGCUCAAUUCCUGGUCGGCCUUGCAGAGCGUCCAGCCCCAAAUACAUACCCUAGGCGAUUUCUUUCCUUCUGCAGAGUGGGUACUGGGCUUUCAGAUGAAGAGCUGGAUGCUGUUGCAACCAAAUUGAAGCCUUUUUUUAGGAAAUAUGAAUACCCAAGGAAGCCACCACCAAGUUUUUAUCAAGUAACGAAUAACUCGAAAGAAAGACCAGAUGUUUGGGUUGACAGCCCUGAGAAAUCAAUAAUUCUGUCUAUUACCAGUGAUAUCCGAACCAUAAGAUCUGAGGUAUUUGCUGCACCGUAUAGCCUGAGAUUUCCACGUAUUGACCGAGUGAGAUAUGACAAGCCUUGGCAUGAAUGCCUCGAUGUGCAAUCUUUUGUAGAACUUGUACAUUCAAGCAAUGGUACUACACAAAGGGGCACAGAUUAUGGUGGCCUUCAGGAAAGUAGACCAAAACGCAUGAAAUUCUCUAAGGGAGAGAGAAAGAACCUCUCUGUCGUUCCUUCUCAUUUAAUUCAGACUGAUAUUUCUGACGUUAUGGGGGGCUCCUCAAUAUUUUCAAAUAUGAUGUUUUACUUCGUUAAUUUUCCACCAACCCUGUCUCUUGAUUCCUUGCACAAAAUGGUUGCUGAGAAUGGAGGGACUUUCUCAAUGAAUUUGAAUAACUCAGUUACUCAUUGUGUUGCAGCUGAUAGCAAGGGGAUCAAGUAUCAGGCUGCAAAACUUCAUGGAGAUAUUAUUCAUUACUCUUGGGUAUUGGAUUGUUGCUCACAAAAGAAGCUCCUCCAUUUACAGCCAAAGUACUUCCUCUUCCUUUCUGGCUCAUCAAAGAAGAAGUUACAAGAAGAAAUUGAUGAAUUUUCUGACUCAUACUACCAGGAUCUUGAUCUUGCAGGCAUCAAACAGCUCUUAAGUAAUGUGGACAGAUAUGAGGCGACGAAAACUAUCGACUAUUAUAAGAAAAAGUACUGUCCAAAGAAGAAAUGGUCCCACUUUUAUGGCUGCUGCAUUUAUUUCCGCCCUUCAAUACCAUCUUUGAAACCAGAUUGGGAAGUUUUGUUGGGACUUGCAUUGAGGAGGUUGAAGCUUGAAGUUUCCAUGGCUGGUGGAAAAGUCAGCCACAGUAUUGCUCUUGCUACCCAUUUGGUAGUUUUGUCAGUACCAGGUUUUGACGUAGACUUUGAAACUCUAUUGAAAAGUUUCACUUCAUCAGAGAAGCAUCUUUUAUGGAACAAGGGGUUGCAUGUUGUGAAAUCUCAAUGGUUGGAAGACUGCUUGGAGAGGGACCAAAGAUUGCAAGAAGGACCAUAUAGCUUGAAGACCAUUGGGGUGCAAGAUUUGGAAAUUGUAGAGUGCAAUCAUGAUAAACAUGACCAGGAUCUAGGAGCCCCCGCUGGAUUGGACAAUGAAGAAAAACAGAAUAUGUCCCCUUCUCUUGAUUUAAGGGAACAGAUAACAGACAAAACUGCUUUAGGAAAACCUAAAACUUUGGCCUCAUAUGAGGGGAUCGGGAAAAGGAAAAGAGGAAGACCUGCUGGCACAAUCAUGAACAAAGGAAAAACAACUAUGACCCAAGCUCGAAGAACACGGGGACGUAUUGGACAGAGGCCUGCUAAAAUAUGUGAUAAUGAAUCAGAUGAAAGCUUAUCUCAUGACGAGAAGACACACAGAGAAGAGAACAACAUAAGAGAAGGAAAUCAUGAAACGGUAGGUACGGGAAGCUCAGAAAUCCAAGGGACUGAAAUAAUAGAAGAUUCUGAAUCAUCAGCUAGAGGCAAGGCAGCGGAGGAGGUUGAAAAAGAUAUUGGAUAUGAAGAGUGGCACGAUAAAGUUCCAAAUGUUGAAAUGACUAAAAUGCAUAUUAAUAGCAAAGACGGCGAGAGGUUGGAGAAGUUGGAAGUUAUGGCUGAUCCGGUUCAAGCCAUGUUGUUGGAUAUGAUUCCGAGCCUUGGAGCGAAGGAAGUUGGGACAAGAGAGAGAAUUCUCAAUGAUGAGAAACCACCCUUGGAUCCCAAUGCAGGGCCUACAAAGAAAAAGAAAGUGAGCUACAAGGAUGUUGCUGGUGAGCUGCUAAAGGAUUGGUAAAAUAUGAUAUGUUUGUUGGUUGUAGGUUUUGUAUGAGAAUGUGAAUGAGGGAAACGAAAUGAUUUCUCAGUAAUACGAGUUUUGUAUUAUUAGCAUAAUGCUGUGUCUAGAUUCUGAUGUGAGCAUCUUCAGUAAAAACUGUGAGCUCUCUUCAUUGUCUUGUAAUAUACCAAAGAGAUACUAUAUGCACUAUGUUAUUGUACUUUUCAUAUAGACCAAACACUAUUGUCAUUAUAUAAAUAUUGUGAUUUUGCCUGAG